UCUUCUACGCAGAGUAGGAACCGAGAAGUUAGAUUGUUUUCUUUUGUGACACGUUUUUGCCCUUGCUUUUAACAGGCUCCAUCCAGACCUUGCCCGGCGCUUCACCAUUGCAAGGAUGCAUUCAUGUCUCUACACUGCUCGCUGUGCCAACUAUCCUAAGAUCCCGAAUACUUUGCUGCACUUGGGUGUCCUGUUGGGCUCACCUAAUUUGAGAAGGAUUUGUCAGACCACACAUGGUGAAGACUUCAUCUUCCAGGGUGUUGUAGGCAAUGUUUUGUCCAAAACUGUGUCUGUAGUGUUCAUGUCUGGCAGAAUGCUUACUUUUCUUCAAACCUGCAAAAAUCUUCACAUGGAUGGAACUUUUAAAAAGCGGCCACGGAAACCUGGUUGUAGACAAAUCUUCAAUAUUGUCACCCGAUAUGGCAGAUCUAUUGUAGCUGUUGUUAGAGUGCUGAUGAUGAGCCGUUCUGAAGAAGCCUAUGUCGAACUCUUCUCCUACCUCAGAGUCCUCGCUCCGAACUUAAGGCCUGAGAGAAUCCACUGCGACUUUGAGAGGGCCACCAUCAAUGCACUCCGGAGAGUGUUCCCCAUGGCUGACAUUGUUGGAUGCCUCUGGCAUUUUGGCGUGUGUAUUGGGAGGCAUGCAGUGAAGAAGGGCUUGGCACCAUUAGCUUCUGAAAAUGACCUCAUCCAUACCUUCAUACGGUGCCUUUGUGGAGCAGCUCUCCUUCCUGCCCCACUGAUUGCCAAUGGCAUUGAAGAAAUAUGGAACCAAGUUGAAGCUGCUGGCUGGUCGAAUGAUUUAGAACCACUCUUUCGUUACUUUAGAAGGGAGUGGUUGCCAAGGGUCAACGAGCUCUCUGUUUAUGAUCAAGAGGAGAGAACUAAUAACUGCUCUGAAUCUGACAACCGCUCCUUGGCAAUGGCUAUCCCCAUGAAUCAUCCCAAUAUUUUUACCCUUAUUGGUGGAUUCGUUCAGUUGGAGCACUUGGCAUGGAGUGACAAACUAGCUGGUCAAACAGGAAGAGCUGUCACUGAUGCACCUCGAUGGAAGACCUUGGCGAAUGACAGGAGAGUUCAGAGGUUGUCGGGUCUGUUGGUCAGGGGGCAACUAAGCCCUGGAGCCUUCCUCGAAGCAGUGUCUUGGGUCAACCAGGGAGCACUCAACCAUGGCAUGCGUCUAGACCAGGACAGUGACAGUGAUGACAGUGAUCACAGUGAUGCUGAAACUGACAGUGAUGAGUAA